AUUGGGUAGGGGGCUGUCUGUCCCUCUUGAUGAUUUGGGUGGGUAUUAUCUGGGCUGUCUGUCCCAUUUCCAGGGUUAGGGCUUUCUUUUUAUUGAAAUCUUGUCUUGCUGCCAAGAAUUCCCCCUCUGGAAAAGGAUUGGGUCUUGGUUUCUGAUUCAGUAAUUUUUUUUUUCUUCUUCUCUCUCUCCCUUAUUAUCUAUCAACUCUGUUACUUGCUUGUUUUGUAGAUCAUGUGAAUUGUUGUGGUGGAUUCUAGUUUAUGCUUGCUCUAUCUUUGUACAAACACUAGAUUUUAGUGUGAAGAUGUGCCCAUGUUUGGGUUUGCUCGAGGAUGUCCUUUUCUUAUUUCCUAGAUUGAAAAAGUUGUGAAGGAUUUGGAGCAGCAAUUUUGUAAUUGUGUGUGUUCUACCAAUCUUGUUCCUCUGUAACCCUAGAUUUCCCACUCACACCCAUAUCCUGUUUGUUGAAAUGCCUGUGUGAAAGAUUUCCUUUACGCGAAGCAUGGAAAGGAUGUGAGAUCUGGGUGAGUAUGAGUACUUCUGCGAAAACGAUAGUUUGGUUUCGAAGGGAUUUGCGGAUCGAAGACAAUCCGGCCCUAGCCGCGGCGUCGAAGGAUGCUUGCGUUCUUCCGGUGUUUGUUUGGUGCCCUAGCGAAGAAGGGCAGUUCUACCCGGGCCGGGUUUCGCGGUGGUGGCUGAAGCAGUCGCUCGGCCACCUCGAUCAGUCCCUGAAGUUGCUUGGAUGCCCUCUUGCGUUAAUUCGAGCCGAGAGUACGCUCGCUGCUCUUUUGCAGUGCAUCGGUGCAAUUGGCGCGACGAGAGUAGUUUAUAAUCAUCUGUAUGACCCUGUUUCCCUCGUUCGGGAUCACAAGAUCAAGAAUCAGCUUGCGGCCCUCGGAGUCUCUGUUCAAAGCUUUAAUGCCGAUCUGCUCUAUGAACCGUGGGAAGUCUCUGACGAGAACGGACAUGCUUUCACAACUUUCGAUGCAUUCUGGGAGAAGUGCAUGAACUUGCCGAUUGACUUAGCCUCGCCUCUUCCGCCCUGGAAAUUGGUGCCAGCUGCAGGAAUAGAAAACAUCCAAAGCUGCUCGAUUGAGGAUCUGGGUCUUGAAAACGAACCGGAGAAAUCAAGCAAUGCAUUGCUAAGCCGAGGUUGGUCGCCAGGUUGGAACAAUGCGGACAAGGUGCUCGCGGAAUUCGUCGAGGGAAGUCUUCUAGAAUAUUCCAGAAAUAGAAUGAAGGUCGAAGGAACCACGACAUCGUUGUUGUCCCCUUACCUUCACUUCGGCGAGAUUAGUGUGAGAAAAAUCUAUCAGACCGUUAGAAUGAAGCAAAUAAAUUGGGCGAAAGAAGGGAAUUGCGAAGCAGAGGAGAGCGUGAGUCUCUUUCUACGAUCGAUUGGACUUAGAGAGUACUCGCGUUAUUUAUGUUUCAAUUUUCCCUUCACUCAUGAGAGGUCUUUGUUGGGUAAUCUACGACACUACCCUUGGAGGGCCGAUGAGAACCAGUUCAAGUCAUGGAGGCAGGGGAGGACGGGGUACCCUUUAGUGGAUGCCGGGAUGCGAGAAUUAUGGGCUACUGGUUGGGUCCAUAAUAGGAUCAGGGUUGUCGUCGCAAGCUUCUUCGUGAAGUUUCUUCUUCUUCCUUGGACGUGGGGAAUGAAGUACUUUUGGGACACUUUGUUGGACGCGGAUUUAGAGAGCGAUAUCCUCGGUUGGCAGUAUAUAUCGGGUAGUUUGCCGGAUGGCCAUGAGCUUAAUCGCAUCGAUAGUCCGGAGGUGCAAGGGCAAAAAUUCGAUCCGGAUGGUAAAUAUGUGAGAAAUUGGAUACCUGAACUCGCGAGAAUGCCGACUGAAUGGAUCCAUCAUCCAUGGGAUGCUCCGAAGCCUGUUCUCAAAGCAGCUGGAGUCGAGUUAGGCUUGAACUACCCGAACCCCAUAAUAGAAAUCGACACAGCUCGCGAACGCCUCGAUGAUGCUGUUUCCAUGAUGUGGGAAUUGGACAGAGCUGCGAAGAUCGCAGCUUUAAAUGAUUCAAAUGAAGUGGUGGCUGAUAACCUUGUUAAUAUAAAUAGUUUGGACAUCCCGAAGGUCGUUGUGAAGAAAGAAGUAUCUUGCAGUAUGUCAUCGCUCGAUCAAAGAGUGCCGUCGGUCCAUAACCUCAAGGUGAGUGCGUGUAACUACGAGGAACUAAAGAGCUUAAGUGGAAGAGGAGCUGACAAACAGGUCUUGGACGAUCAAGCGCCGACUUCGAAUGUGGAUGAAGACUUGCGUUCUACGGCUGAAUCGUCUUCUGCCAGGAAACGAAGCAUCAGCAGCAGUACCUGCGCCGUCCCAACCGCAUCUUUUUCGACAUCCGAAGCGAAUCCUUUAAAGGAGAGUAGCGGGCGUGCUUCAAUGGGAUCUUCAGUGAAGGAAGAGGAUGAUGAGGAUGCCCAGAGCAGCAUUAAAGGAUUAAGACCAUCCAAGAGAUGUGGUUGACUCGGAUUUAACCGAAGAAUGAUGUUCUUAAUGUACAGUAAACUUUAGUCCCUCUCUUAUAUGUGUAUCUUAAAAAUAAGUGUGAUAUUUUAUUUUUCCCCAAUUUUGAGGCACAUCUAAUGACAGUUCAAUGUUUAAUGUACUUGUAUCCAUCCCUUCAUUGAGGUAUACUACUGUAACAUGUGAGCACUAUUAUCAAAUUAUGAAUAAUAAAUGAUAAUGAUCUUGCUAUGAACA